UCCCAGUUGGAAGCACAGAAAGGUGUCUCUGGUUUUCACGAUACACAAGAGGAGUUGGAAAAAGUUUCAACUGUUAAGAGUGGUUUGGAUGAACAGAAAGGCAAAUCUCUCGAUGAAAUUUCGGAUAUGGUGAGUCAAACAAUAAUAUUAAACUAAUCGAUGGUGUUUAUUAAAUUCCACAAUGGUGCAUGUCGCUAUAUUAACAAGGUCCAACUUGAAACAUACCGCACAUAUGCUAUAGUUACGGGAACCACUCAGUAUUUUAAGAAAAUACAAAAUAACAGUAACUCCGAAUAACAUUUUGAUUUUUAAUCGACGUUUCGACUAGUUUGUAGUCAUCAUCAGGAUUAAUAAUAGUGUAAAAUUACAGAUGCAGCUAUUAUAAAUCCAGAAAGGCGGAGCUUAAAUGCCAGUUAAUGAAAUAUGAGAAGUUCUUUGGAAGCUUUCGCACCGUGGUUGAGAUCAGGUUUUCGUCUGCGUAUAACAAGAGACUCCUUGAAUAACAACAGAGACUCUUUUCUAUAUCAUAUUUGUAAUUUUUAAUAGUAACAGACGUCCCUCGUGAAAAUCAACAAAUCGUUGACGAGGCUAACGUCUUUAAAUAAAGUUUACAUACAUACAUACAUACAUACAUACAGACCAGUGGUGUGACCUAUCAAUUAUUUUACAAUUUCUAAAUAUUAGUUGAGUUAAAUUAGUGUUUAUAGUGUUAGUUGAGUCAGGUGAAAGUUCCAUAAGGGAUUUGAUGUGUUGAAAAUGUUCGCAGCAGUUGAUGUGGGCGUUGAUUUCCGAGUUUUCUCGUGUGCUAUGCUCUUUCAGACGGGUGUAUAGACAGCGGUCUGUUUUACCAAUGUAGCUGCUUCGACAACCCGGACAUGAAAAUUCGUAAACUACGGAGCUUUUGUAAACUACGGAGCUUGUAAACUACGGAGCUUGCUUUUGUAAACUACGGAGCUUGCUUUUGUAAACUACGGAGCUUGCUUUUGUAAACUACGGAGCUUUUGUAAACUACGGAGCUUUUUUUAGCUAAUGUUAUUCGGAGUUACUGUUAUUUUGUAUAUGCUAUAGGGUCAGCAUAUGGUUAUGGGAUCAUGAUUUUGAUUACGGUUACGUCAGUUUAUUUACAGUACUACUGCAAUAAAUCUUGGCUAAUUUACCAAUUGCUGGUAAUAAUUGUCAAACUAUCCCUAAUUAGGAUGUUCCUGCUUUCCUUCCUUUCAGGUGCGUAAAUUAAACUCUACGAUUGUGGAAAAGAAAACCUCUUUGGCUCCAAUCAUUAAGGAGUUAAGACCAAUGAGACAAAAGUGUCAGGUAUAUGGAGAUUGCAAUUUUUUAAAAUAAUUGACUGACUAUGAUGAUUAUGAUGAUUAUGAUAAUUGUUUGAUACGAGCAUCGAUAAGAGUUUGAUUAUGAUUAUGUUUAUGAUCGUGAUAAUAAUAAUAAUGCUCAAAAGCUAGUCGUAUAUGCUUCUGUUUACAUCAUUAGCAAUAUGAUAGGAUUUUGAGGUAGCCAGCGCUAUAUGUCGCGAAGCGCCUUCACUUGUGUUAUUUUUAAACCUAAUGUUCAGAGUAAUACAUGUCAUUCCGUAUUAUGCUGUAUUCUAAUUAAUAGGAAGUGACCUCUGAAUAUGACGAAAGAAAGGCAAUAUAUGAAAAUUUGGCUGCUAACCUCGAGAGCAACAUGUCCAAAUUGGAACAG